AUGCUGAGGGGGCUGUUCAGCCAGUCGGCCACACACGGCAUGGCGCGGGCCGGGGCGGGCGCCCGGCGGGAUUCCCCAGGCCCUGCCGCUCGCGGAGAUGGGGCCCUACGCCCCGCCGUAGCCACGCGCUCGCCCGCUCCCGGAGAUGGGUCCCGAACUUCCGGCCCAGGCUGCCUCCCGCGGCGGCAAUGGCGGCGGCCCGGCCGGCCCCGCCCCGCCCCUCUCGCCCCGACGCUGCGGCGUGAGGUGCGGGUGGGUCCCGGCGCCGCCAUCUUGGAGCCGGGCAGCGCUGCGGGCGGAAAGGGCCGCGCUGGCUGCUCCGGCUGUCCGGGGGGGAGACGUGGAAGAGCCGCAGCGAUGGCCGCCACGAAGCCGCCUGGGCCUGGUUCCGCUAGCGGCACCAACCUGCUCUUCUCCUCCUCGGCGACCGAGUUCAAUUUCACGGUGCCCUUCAUCCCGGUCAGCCAGGCCCCCGCUGCGCCCCCGGGGCCCGCUCUCCUCGGCGCAGAUGAUUCCACAGAUGUUGGAGAAGAGGACAGCUUCUUGGGCCAGACUUCUGCUACUCCUAAUCCACCACAGACUUUUAGCUAUUUCUCCCAGGUACCUAGUAGCAGUGAUCCUUUUGGAAGCAUAGGGCAGCCACCCUUAACAACAGUGACACCACCUGUUGGGCCAUCAACCUUCUCCAAGGGUCUAACUUCUCUCCCACUCUUGCCUGGAUCACAAGAGGGGCAGAAUGCUUUUUUGGCAAGUGUUCCGAAGUCACAGCCAUCUUAUAGUGCACCACCUACUUCCCUCGUGGGAAUCAGUGCCUAUCAGACUCCUCCAGAGAGUUGUCCCCCACUUGCAAACUUUUCUACUCCUCCCCAUGGAGCACCGCAACAAGGAUAUAACCCAUAUCGCCAUACCACCUUAAGCAGUAGAGCUAAUCCUUACAUAACUCCACCGCAGCUGCAGCAGAUUCAGACACCAAGCCAGCUUGCCCAGCCACCACCCUCUGUACCACCUAUCCACAUGUAUCAGACACCUCCAGGAUCAUUGUCACCGUUUCCUCAUUCACAGCCGCCACUGCCAUCACCAUCACAACCACUGCAAGCCCCCAGACCUGCAGGUCCACUGGUGCAGGCAUCACCUGUUUUGCUACAGAACCAAUAUGAACCAGUUCAGCCCCACUGGUUUUACUGCAAGGAGGUGGAAUACAAACAAAUAUGGAUGCCAUUCAGCAUUCUAGAUUCUGUAACACUAGAAGAAGUUUAUAACUCUGUCCAACCUGAUCCUGAGAGCGUGGUUUUGAGCACUGAUGGGGGGCGCUAUGAUGUUUACCUGUAUGACAGACUAAGAAAAGCUGUAUAUUGGGAAGAGGAGCCAUCUGAAGUCAGACGAUGUACAUGGUUUUAUAAGGGAGACAAAGAUAGCAGGUUUAUUCCUUAUACUGAGGACUUCAGUGAGAAACUAGAGGCAGAAUAUAAAAAAGCUGUAACUGCGAAUCAGUGGCACCGGCGACUUGAAUUUCCAAAUGGGGAAACAAUUGUUAUGCAUAAUCCUAAGGUUAUAGUUCAAUUCCAACCUUCUGCAGUACCAGAUGAAUGGGGGACCACACAAGAUGGUCAGACAAGGCCAAGGGUGGUAAAGCGUGGCAUUGAUGAUGAUCAUGAUGAAAUUCCUGAUGGGGAGAUGUCUCAAAUAGACCAUUUAGUGUUCAUGGUUCAUGGCAUAGGUCCUGUGUGUGAUUUACGAUUUAGAAGCAUUGUUGAAUGUGUUGAUGAUUUUAGGACCGUGUCUCUGAAACUGUUGCAGACUCAUUUUAAGAAGUCUUUAGAGGAACUUAAAGUGAGCAGAGUUGAAUUCCUACCGGUUCACUGGCAUAGCUCUCUACAUGGGGAUGCAACAGGUGUAGACAGGAAUAUUAAAAAAAUCACUUUGCCAAGCAUUGGACGUCUGCGCCACUUCACCAAUGAGACCUUGCUUGAUAUACUGUUUUACAACAGCCCGACCUACUGUCAGACCAUUGUGGAUAAAGUAGGCCUGGAAAUGAACCGCCUACAUGCACUUUUCAUGAGUCGCAACCCAGACUUCAAAGGAGGAGUCUCUGUUGCUGGGCACAGUUUAGGUGCCUUAAUUUUAUUUGACAUAUUGUCCAACCAGAAAGACUUGACUUCAUCAGGAAACUCUGGCCCUCCCACUGCUGCUAAUGGACUUGUGAAUGAUGUGGUUGUUCGUGACAAGCAGGUGACAGAGGAUACCAACUCCUUGGCAUCCAUGAUUACUCCUUCUAGUGAGGAGCCCUGUGGUCCUGAUGUGGAGGAUGAAGUUCCAACCUUACAGAAGGCUCUAGAAAUGCUCAGUGUCUCAGAGUAUAUUGACACAUUUGAAAAGGAGAAAAUUGAUAUGGAAUCUCUGCUGAUGUGUACAGUUGAUGACCUGAAGGAAAUGGGUAUACCUCUUGGACCAAGAAAGAAAAUUGCCAACUUUGUAAAAGACAGAGCAGCCAAACAGGAAAAGAAAAAAUCAUUAGCAGAAAAAAAAGCAGUGCAAACUCAGGAAGCUGCACAGAAAGCAAAAGAAGCAGUUACUUCUGUUGCCACUUCAGAAUCUGAUAGCCUGCAUGAGCGGUCGAAGAGAAAACUUCCUGUUGGUGCCUUGGUUUCUUCUGUGAACGUUGACUAUGAGUAUUUUGAAGUUGGUACUGGCCAGGUUUCUGUGGCUUACAGUGUGCUAGACUUCGAACCAGAAAAUUUCUUUGCCCUGGGUUCUCCAAUCGGUGUGUUCCUUUCUGUACGAGGAGUGGAGAAUAUUGAUGAGAACUAUAGACUUCCUACCUGCAAGGGAUUCUUCAAUAUUUACCAUCCACUUGACCCAGUGGCUUAUAGGUUAGAACCUAUGAUUAUUCCAGACUUGGACAUAAAACCAGUUCUCAUUCCACACCACAAAGGCAGAAAAAGACUUCAUCUUGAGUUGAAAGAUUCUCUCUCUCGUAUGGGAUCAGAUCUAAAACAGGGUUUUAUCAGCUCUUUGAAGAGCGCUUGGCAGACUCUUAAUGAAUUUGCACGUGCUCAUACCUCUUCAACUCAGCUGCAAGCAGAACUGGAGAAGGUAGCUAAUCAAAUUAAAGAGGAAGAAGAAAAACAAGUGGUAGAAGCUGAAAAAAUUGCCGAAAGUCCAGAUCUUUCAAAGGAAGAGGGUUGCUUAGUAAAGGUCGGGAUGCUAAAUGGAGGACGUCGUAUUGACUAUGUUCUACAGGAAAAACCAAUAGAAAGUUUCAAUGAAUACCUUUUUGCUCUACAGAGUCACUUGUGUUACUGGGAAUCUGAAGACACAGCUUUGCUACUUCUCAAAGAAAUAUAUAGGACUAUGAAUAUCAGUCCGGAACAGCCGCAACACUGAUGUGUAGAUACCUGAAUUUCAUAUCUAACGUUCCAGAAGGCUUGCUGACAAAACAUUUUGAGGAACCUCCAGUAUUUCUCUAGUCACACAUGGCAAGAAUCUGAAUCACAACAGCAUUUUUUUCUUCAGUCCAGAACUCUUUGAUUUAGAUAAUACCUUCUUGUUUCAUUCAAGAGUGUUUCACAAUUUUAAAAUGAUCAGCACCGCAGUUUGGGAAGCAUAAUUGGAAUGACACCAUUUAACCUUCUUAUUGAAAUUUAGUUGUACGGUUGCCAAACUUUGACCAGUGAAGAAAUAUUUGUGGCAUGCAAAUUAUUAUUUUUCUUCUCAAGCUACCUUGUCUGUUAGGUGUCAAACAUGUAUUUUCUAUGAAGGCAAUAUGUUCUUUAUUAAAGAAAGGACUUGUUGAGACACAGCAAUAAUCUGCUCUUUUUAAAAAAAUGCGUUUCCACUUUUAAAAACAAAAUGUGAAUUUUAGUUAUAAGCUGCUUUACAUCAAGCUUUUGUAUUUGCUAAAAUCAGCAGCCAGAAUGACUUUCUUACUACUGUGAGUUCAGUGCUGAGAUUUUAUAAAAGCUUUUUAACCCUCUGACUUCUUUGCAAUGGAGAUAAAAUUAUCUUUUGUUAUAGAAAAUAUAGAGAUUUGUUACAGCCAGUUCAGCAUUCACCUCUCUUGGAAUGUAACUGAUGUAGAGAACAAAGAGGGAUGAAUCAAACUACAUUUCAUUUUGGUAAUUAACAGUUCAUGUGACCUCGUGGCUGCUCUACCUGGGAACUGAAAUUAUGACAUUGACCUCAGAAAAUUAAUUUCUCUCACCAAGGCAUGUGAAUGUAGAGCCUCUUUCAAGCUUAUUGGAGCUAAAUGUAACAGCCAGGGCCAAGAUCUGUGAUCCAUAUUCUAUUUUCAUCUAGUGAAAUCAGUGGAGUUGUAUGGGGUGAGGUCUUCUGGAUUAGUGUCUCUGUGAACGCUGGGCUUCUGUAGCUUUCUUCUGGCAGCAUCUUUAAUGCAAUUACCUAACCUAUAGUGCUAAUAAUAUUUGCUUCUGUUACUGCAGUAAGGACAUUUUGCUAAUGUUUACUUAGUAAGUUCUUACGGAACACAGUGACUUUUUUGAGUAUAUGUAAAAUACACAUUUUUGUGUGUAUAUUUUGGUUAGUAUAAUUAAAAGUUACUGUAAUGCCAAUGAAUCUUUACUGCAAGCUUUUGUACUUAUCUCAACAAUUAAUGAUUUGUUCUCUCACUUAAUGAGAAGGAACUUGGAUGCUUUUGGUGUCACUUCUCCCAUUCUGAAUAUUCAGGAUUACAUAUAGUACAGUAGUUUCCCUUCAAUUUUUUUUGUUAAGCUAGAAUACAUUUUGCCAAGAUAUGUCGGAUGGACCAGUCUCUUGGCUGAUGGCACAAUGAGUGGAAAAGCCCAAUCCCUUCAGUAAAUCCUGUAUUAAAGAUAAGUUUCCCAACAGCUUUCAGACCCGUAUAAUUGGUAUUCAGAUCAUGUAGCCUAUAGUACUGGAUAAAAUACCAAAGAAUGAAAGAUAUUAUGGUUUUCAAGAAUCUACAACAAUGUUGAAUGUGUACAUUGUGCUGAAGUGAGUACAUAAAGGCAAACAAAAUAAAUUUAAUGAAAAAAAUGUCCAGAGGGUGUUUGAUAUGACUUAUCACUUUGAAUCUAAGGGCAGAUGCUGUUGGGAAUUCAGCUUGCUUUUUGAUUGUAUAUUAUUCAUUACUGUGAAAGGAAAUUACUGUUUAAAACAGAUUAAGCAGUUAGUCACUUAAAAUAGAUAUGUUUGUUUGAACUUGAAUAUUUUAAAUCCAUUAACUAUUUUUAAUUCCAAGGAAUGUAACCUUUUUUUAACACUUUUGUCUUGAUAGUCUGAGAUAAGCAAUUAUUUCAGGGGGAAAAAUUCUGACUGGGAUCUUAGACUUAUGUGGAAUCUCCUCCAUUUGAGCCACCUAAAAUGUGAAUUAUAUUCUGAAAAGUGACUUUUUAAAAGUUGCACAUUAAUCAUCUUGUAUGUAUUCAGUCAUUUCUGCUUACUGCAGUGACAGAAGUUUCUGCUUUUAAAUCCUGUUCCAUCUUGUAACUUGGAACUUAGUAAACAGUUCUGUUGGUGAUCCACAACACUACAAACCUUUGGAGGGAGUGAGGUAUAAUUUGGCCAAUGGAAACUUUAAUCAUGUAGAAGAAGGGGGAAAACCCAUCUUGAUUUUUUUUUUCAAAUCCAAUUUUCAGAGUUACCCUCUAGAGGCCAAAUAUCCUUUCUAGUAAACCAAGGACACUGAUCUGGAAGUCAGAGAGACAAUAAACACGGAACCCCAUAAUGUCAGAGAAGAACAGCCAUUUAAAUCUAGGCAGGAACAGAGCACUAGAAAAUGCACUAUGGGGAACAAAGGGCACUGGCAAGAGAGUGGAGUUAUAUUACCUUAUAACUGACUCCUGUGAUAUUUUGUUUUUCCUUUAGAACUCUGGAUUAUUAGCUACUUAGGCUGUAAGCUUUUUGGGGCAUUUUUGUGGGGACUUUGUACGGUGCUAGCACGGUAUGGGCCUUGUUCCUGACUGGGACCUCUAGUUGUUGAAAUAGAAAAUCUCCUUCAGAAUAAUAAUAUAAAUGUAUAACCACUUAAAAGGUUUAUAUAAAUAUUAUAGAAGUGUUAUCUUCAAGACAAUAUAUUUGGUGCACUCUAUGUUAUGGGCUUCGUCCUGCUCCCAUUUACAUGCAGGGAAAAACUCCAUGGACUUAAAUGGAGAUAGGGUUUGGGUUCCAUGUACUUACUUUUCUUUAAAUACAAAUCCGGUUGCUUUUCCACUACGAUUGUUCCAAAAUAUUUUACCCAAUUGAAUAAAAUUCAUCUUCAUCUUCUAAUAUUGAUUUCUUUUCUUUCAUGCACCCUAGUGCAGUGUUACUAUACCACCUCAUGGCUUCUUUAUAUCUACAUAGUUGUCUCACACACACAUCUGCCACCUCAUAAUCCCUUCUUAAUAUUCUCCAGUUCAGCAUAUUACAUCACUUGUCUUGUCAGCCUGAACUAGAUUCCUAUUCUCUCACUUCUUCAAAUCCCAUUAUCAGCUUUGAACUGAACUACCCAGGUAAUAAUUCAAAGGUUGUCAUUGUAAUCUGAAAGUACUAAUGAUUUAACCUAAUAACCUAUUUCAAUAAUGUUCCCCUAAUUCUGUAUCUAUUGUCUUCUGAUGAAAGCACCAUUUGCAUCUGACAAAGGAUACAGAAAUCACACACACUUCUAAGUUGGCCAUCACCAAAGUAUCUGGGCCCCAUUACUUACAUUUAGAAAUAAUUUAGCAUCAAGAAAGGGCACAAAAGCAUGUAAUAUUGAAACUUUAAUAUUGGAAUACUUGAUAGUAAUCCUUAAAGGAUAGUUAUCCUUUUAAAUUAAUUAAUUAUUUUUACUGGUCUCUGUUUCCUAGCAUUUAGUUCAUCAAGGCCCUUUCCUAUGGCUGUUUUGUGUCUGAAUUUUACUGAGUAAGGUAUGAUGUCAACCCUUCUAAAUUCUGUUGGUUUUUUUUCUCCCCCGUCUCUGGGCUUAUUAUAGCAUUUGAUGAUGUCAGACAAAAAGUUGGAGAAAAAGGCUUUGUAACUAGUUGGGCUUUAAUUUCUUGACACUCCUCUGGGGUCAUAUGAAGCUUGUUGGUCUCUGUAUAGUUUUCAGCUAUCUCAUCUGACCUGUGUGAACUUGCCUGUUGCAAUUUUCCUUAGAAAUAACUUUAAUGCUGGUAAGAGACCUGGAUGUAUUUGGUCUUGUUUUGGUGACUUAUUGAUUUUUAUGGCUUUUCUAGCCUCAAGACAAUACUACCAUAUCUUUUUGCUAGUUUCACUUGGAAGCAGAAACUGUAAAGUUUCCUUUAUUGUUUUUUUUUUCCUUACUGUGUAUCCAUGUUUUAUUUUCUUAAAAUUGGUCCUGAAUGUGGGUGUGUUGGCAAGGGAGAUUGAAAACUGAGGGUGGAUUAAAAAUCAUUGAGGCACUUUUUUAAAAAUACAAAAGGUGACAUGGAGUUUUGCAGAAAGAUAAGGGAGGAAAAAUUAGCUUUAAUAAUUUGAAUUUAAGUAUCGAGGGUAUGAGCUCUAAUAGUGAAGUGGUGAUAUAAUGGUAUAAUUUCCAGUCUCCAGAAAUGUUGAAAAAUGGAGAAAAAAGGUAAAAAUCACUAGUUUUACAGCAUAUAUUUUAUUAAAUUCCCAAUUUUUACUCUGAAAAUCCCAAGGGAAAGGAUACAAGGAAUGCUAAGAAGACUCACCCUCAAUCUUUUUUUCCAGUUUCCAGGUAAUGCCUACUGCUCUCUGUUGUUACUGUCUUUACUGAACAGCUCUGCUCUGUGUUCAGAUGUAGUUAUUUAAAUAACACAACUUUUUAAAUAGAUUUUUUUUUUGGAAAAUACUCAAUUCCAGUCAAAUCCUUUUCAUGCAUAGUACUUAACGUUCCUUUGUCUGCUGUUUUGUAUUCACCAUUUCCUACUAUUGUGUAAAUGUACCUGCAAAAAGGUUCCAUUUGUGUGAUACUCUAAUCACUCAGUCCUACUUGUUCACAGCAUAUAGAAUCCACUGCCAGGGCAAGCAGUGGAGGGAGCUAACACUGUGACUUGGAUUAGUGUCCAUGUAGCUAAACUCUAAUAGAGAAUUACUACUGAGUCUCACAUAGUACGGAAAAUUUACUCUUAUUUCUUCCUGUUCUUUCUUGAUCUUAAACCUAAAACAUCUUCUGAUCUUGUAUGUUGAUCAACAGAUUAAGAAAUCUGACUCUCUGCCACUCAAGUAGUUUCCUUCUUUAAAAGCUCUGUCCAUCAUUGUCAAAAUAAUAUAAAUAUACUGUGAUCAAUCUUCUACUUCUUUUGGGCCUCCUUUGUCUACAAAAACGCUUUCUGAUUAACCUCCUCUUCAUAAUGUACAAAUACUCAGCUUUCCAGGGAUGAUAUUCUUGUUUACUUAUCUAUUAUCAGUGACCUCCACUCCGUUUCUCUGCUGUUACAAACAGCAUAUGGUGGAUUUCAAUUGUAGUACUUUCCCUCCUAUCACCCGACCCUUUUGUGAGGUUUUUUUACUAUAAAUAUCUAUCGAAUGAAUGAAACGUGUCAAUCUGUACAGCCGUUGGUUGGUUCUAAAUCGCAGGGGUUUACAGUGCUAAAAUCUUGGCCAAAACACUACAGCAGGCGCCUUGCUGUGCUAAACUUUCUUAGAAUUCUUAGUCUGGAUUUUCCACAAGUCAGGCACUUAAUUUUGCAUGCAAAUCAUGGAGUGUUCAAACUGGCACACUCAGUCAUGGUAACUUGUCCAUGCAAAUGUGACAAAAUUGCAUGACCUAAUUUAUUUGAAAAUCUGGCCCUUAAGUCCCUAGAUUCUUGUAUUUUAAAUUUGUCCAUUACCAACGUCAUGGAUGAAAGUACAAAACUUAAUAUCAAGCACUUAUAAUGUGCUUUUCAUCGGAAGAUUUCAAAGUGCUUUACAAAGGAAGUCAGUGUCAGUAUCCCCAUUGUUAUAGAUGGGGAAACUGAGGCACGAUGGUGAUGUGACUUUCCCAAGGUCACCCAGCAGGCCAUUGGCAGAGCUAGGAAUAGAACCAAGGUCUCCUGAGUCCAAGUCAGUACUCUGUCCACUAGGCAGCACUCUGAGGCUUGCUGUAUUUUGUUUUUGUUUUGUUGUUUUUUGUUUUUUUCUUUUAAUGCUGUCAAACUGCUGGAGGAAUUGAAUUGUAGAGGUUAGGGUCCUCAGGAAUGAGUGUGUGGUGGCUAACCCCUGGACUUUUUUAAAAGGGAGGGUUGUUACCUUAAGCAUUUCAUCUGCCCUCAGUAAUCUUGGCAGCACACAGGAGAUAGCGGUCUACGUAGCCUUCCUGGCUACCAAAGAGACUACAAGUGAACACCUAUUGCACCUAGAAGUGAAUAGGAAACUACUACUCCUGAUGAACUGGCGUAAUGUGGUUUCAGUGACUUUUACUGCUAUGCAGCCAUGGAGAGGCAGCAACUUAAUAGUAAAACACACACACCCACACACACACACACCCUUAAUGUCACAUGUUCCUCGUGCUGUGCUGCCAAGUUAGAAUUUGGGCUGUUAGGCCAGAAUAAUAGAAUAAGGCUAGUGUGAGAUAACUGUAAAAAAAUAGAGAUGUGAUUUGUUAUAAAAGUUUCCUAAAAUGCUUCGGGCAUGUCCUAUCUUUUUUCUGCACCAGCACAUUACUGCAGUAUAUAUUUGUGUCUAAGCCUAUUCAUGAAUUGGUUUUUUUUUUCUUCUUCACCCAAAUUAGGAUGGUGCUAGCUUCUGGGUGAGUACUGUUUUUCAAAGUAACCAGAUUUUUAUUGUUGUUAAAAAGUAAUGUUCGGGAAAAAAUAGAAAAAACUAAUUUUAUGGUACUUCCCAGACAGAUUUUAAGACUUGUAAAGUCUUAGAAAUUUAAGGAAGAAAAAUACUCUAUUGUAGAGUUUUUUAUUGCCACUGAUUGCUACAGUAACCAAGCGUGUAUCUAAGAAUAUUGUAGUUACUUU